UCAGUGAAAUUCGCGUACGAACGAUUCAAGAUUAGAUAUCUCUCUCUCUCUCUUUCUCUCGCUCUCCACUUUUUUCUUGUUCUACUAGCAAUUACAAAUAUAAUCAUAUCAGACAUUACAUAAAAUAUGUCCAAAGGUGGUCGACAUCGUAUAUUUACAGAAGAACAGCGCAAGGAUCGAAAUCGGUUGGCACAAGCUGCGUUUCGUGCGCGGAGGUCAGAGUAUACACAUACACUUGAGCAAACUGUUGUUGGGCUUGAAAGCAUCGUCAAGGAACUACAGGACAGUAAUCGACAAACGAGCACCAGAGCCGACGCAGCCGAAGCUCGUUGUCAAUUGCUCAAGGAUCGAUUGCGACAUCUACAUGAGCAACUUCACGCGGCACUUUUAGAAAAUCAGCGGUUGUCGUCUGCUCAAGUUACAGCAUCUUUACCGUCCCCUUCCUCAGUGUCGACAUGCUCGUCGUCGUCAUCGUCGUCGUCCUCUCUGAUUGACCCUACAGAGGCAAUUUCUACAUGGCUUGGCAAGUGUUUCUUUGCUAACGCUAUCUUAUAUAUAUAGUUGCACACAUAAAGCACAUUGAUCCUAGUUAUUUGCUUUUCUGGCUUUUCUUUUUAUAGAUUCCCGUUCUUCUUAUUAGGUUAAAAAAGAUCAAUUGUGUCUUUAAUUUUCCAACUCGUCAAACUCUCUCUCUAUCCUCACCUCUUGAUCUUCCCUUCCCUCAUCCAACCAUACUCUGUGUACAUAAUAA